CAAAAACAUCCUUCAAUCAUUUUUUUUAAAGCUUUGCUGUCGUAAAAUAUCUCUCGGUGUCUUCGUUAAGUGUAAGAAGAAAAUGAGGAACAAAGCAAGUGGAUUGUUGAAGCAGAUACUCACGGGUUUAGCCACAAUGGCCAAGGCCAAAACCAUGGCCAUAAAGAGCAAGACGAAGGCAAUCAAGACUCGCCUCGUCAUCUUCUCCUUGCUUCAAAACAGGAAGUUUCUGGUGGUGAGCUCGCUCUCCGACAAGCUCAAUGCCUUGAUGGGGCGCAAUGACAAAAUCUCCAAGGAGGUAGAAGGCGAUGUGAGUGGAGGUCAACGAAGCCCGUCGAUCGCUCUCUACAAUAGCAGCAAUGCCAUGUGGAUACCGAGUACAACCCAGACCAAGUAUGAAGACGAUGCUGAUGAAGAAAAAUACCCAGACCUGAGUCACUCGCUUUUCGAGUCGGAAGAAAUGGAGUUGGGCGAUCAAGGAGCUUCGGUGAUCGAGAUAGUGAAGAAAUCGAAAGAAGAUAGAGGGGAAGAGUUCAGGCUGGAAGAUGAGAUAGACCGAGUAGCUGACUUGUUCAUACAGAGAUUCCAUUGUCAAAUGAGAAUGCAGAAGCAGCUUUCGUUGAAGAGACGUCAGGAGAUGACGGAGACUAGCCCCUAAAGUGUAAUGUAAGUAGAAUUUAGACACUUUAAAUCUGCAAUUAUUCGGGGAAGAAGAAACACUUCCUCUUUGUACCCAAGCCAAAAUCAGUUUGUACACCUUUAUAUUAACACAGGUGUUGUACAUUGAUUUCUCUCUUCUUUUUUAAGCAUAAAUUGAACUAAUAAGUAGGUCGGAACUCCGACGU